GGUCUGUCAAAGUUUGUGGGUAUCCGCAAAUCACAGUGCGUGUUUUCGCUUCGAGGUGUGAGAUUCCUAACUAGAGAUUUAUAGUGAAAAUGGGCGAUUCCAGCUCUGAUGAUGAUCUGUCGGAGGGAUGGCAGAUGUACAGUGAGAGACCAGAUUGGUCAGAUGUCGUGCCCAUUGAGCAGGAUGACGGAGAAAAUCCUGUAGUUGUAAUUGCCUACAGUGAUAGAUUCAAGGACGUUUACAACUACUUCCGGGCCAUCGUUGCAACCGAAGAAAAAUCUGAGAGAGCUCUGGAGCUCACAAGGGAUGCAUUGGUACUCAAUCCAGCAAAUUAUACGGUCUGGCAGUACAGGAGGGACAUCCUUAAAGCUUUAAAAGCUGAUCUCUAUCAAGAAUUGGACUAUGUGGCAGAUGUGAUAGAAUCCAAUGGGAAAAAUUAUCAGGUUUGGCACCAUAGAAGGGUAAUUGUGGAAUGGCUACAGGAUCCAUCCAAGGAGCUCGAACUCACAGAGACUGUCCUCCGGGGGGAUGCAAAGAACUACCACGCCUGGCAGCAUCGUCAGUGGGCCAUUUCAACUUACAACCUUUUUGAGAAUGAGUUGAAUUUCGUUGAUAGACUUCUAGCUGAGGACGUCCGAAAUAAUUCAGCGUGGAAUCAACGGUUUUUCGUGCUAAAUCACACGGGAUUCGAUGCGAAUGUGAUCGACCGGGAACUUCUCUACACCAUGAAUCGAAUUCGUCUGGCUACAGCCAAUGAAAGUUCAUGGAAUUUCCUCAGGGGUAUUAUACAAAAAUCCGACGACUCGGCACUUGAUCAAUUUCCGGAAGUUGUAAGAUUCUGUGAGAAUCUCUACGAUACGGGAUGUCGAUCUCCGCAUCUCCUGGCCUUUCUCAUUGAUCUCUACUCGGAGAAGGCAGUGAGAGCGACCGAACCAGCUAGAGAGGAGUUUGCCGAAAAGGUUACGAUGCUGUGUAACAUGAUGAUUGAGGAAUGCGACACAAUUCGAUGCCGAUACUGGAAGUACAUUCUGGAUAAUUUCCAGAAUGCAUUUAGAACACCCGGAAAUUGCGAUGGGAAUCACGAUGGGAAGGAAAAAACACCCGAGUCGGAGAACAUCUCUGGGGAUUCUUAACAAAUUAUCAAGCAAAAUCGCAUCUUGGCAUUUUUUUUUUUCAGUCUUUCAAUAAAUAUUUAAAAAACCA